AUGGUUCUCUUCGUUCCUCUUGGUCUUAUUUUAGUUAUUGGUCGUCUCUUGGAGCUUCUUGAUCCUAUUGUAGUGCUUCCUCGUCCUCUUAUAGCGCCUCUUGAUCCUCACUUAGUGCCCCUUGAUCCUCUUAUAGCGCCUCUUGAUCCUCACUUAGUGCCCCUUGAUCCUCUUAUAGCGCCUCUUGAUCCUCACUUAGUGCCCCUUGAUCCUCUUAUAGCGCCUCUUGAUCCUCACUUAGUGCCUCUUGAUCCUCACUUAGUGCCUCUUGAUCCUCACUUAGUGCCUCUUGAUCCUCACUUAGUGCCUCUUGAUCCUCUCUUAGUGCCUCUUGAUCCUCUUAUGCCUCUUGUGCCUCUUGAUCCUCUCUUAGUGCCUCUUGAUCCUCUCUUAGUGCCUCUUGAUCCUCAAUUAGUGCCUCUUGAUCCUCACUUAGUGCCUCUUGAUCCUCAAUUAGUGCCUCUUGAUCCUCUCUUAGUGCCUCUUGAUCCUCUCUUAGUGCCUCUUGAUCCUCUCUUAGUGCCUCUUGAUCCUCACUUAGUGCCUCUUGAUCCUAUCUUAGUGCCUCUUGAUCCUAUCUUAGUGCCUCUUGAUCCUCACUUAGUGCCUCUUGAUCCUCAAUUAGUGCCUCUUGAUCCUCUCUUAGUGCCUCUUGGUCCUCACUUAGUGCCUCUUGAUCCUCACUUAGUGCCUCUUGAUCCUCACUUAGUGCCUCUUGAUCCUCACUUAGUGCCUCUUGAUCCUCACUUAGUGCCUCUUGAUCCUCUCUUAGUGCCUCUUGAUCCUCAAUUAGUGCCUCUUGAUCCUCAAUUAGUGCCUCUUGAUCCUCAAUUAGUGCCUCUUGAUCCUCACUUAGUGCCUCUUGAUCCUCACUUAGUGCCUCUUGAUCCUCUCUUAGUGCCUCUUGAUCCUCUCUUAGUGCCUCUUGAUCCUCAGUGUCUCUUGAUGCUCUCUUAG